AUGCACGACUCGAAGUCUCGCGACAAGCCACUUGUGAGGAGAUCCCCGUUAUUCCCACUGCUUCUUGUUAUGGUUAUAGCAGCAAUAGUGCAGCCAUUCGCUGUACACGCAGCGGACAACGAAUACGAGGAGAUAUCAGAGGACGUCAGCGAUCUUUGUGAAUCUGUUGAGCUGGGUGAUGGUACAUAUUACCUUGUUGCGGCGUACAAGGGGAACGCGGUCGCGUUGGCCAGCACUCGGUCCGGUUCAAAACAACCUUAUGUCGGUUGUGAAGCAGUGCAGCGCCCUAUUUAUCGAUCAUUUGAGGGGAGGUUCGUGGUGGAGAGCACCUGCGGCCGCUCGACUGUGCGAUUCUAUUUCAAAGACCAUCACGGAGCGUCGGACUUCGCUGUGCAGUGGGGUGGCGUCACUACGGUUGAGAUUGUUGAGGAGUACAUUUCGAAGUCUCCUGUAUUCGACUCUCCUGCACUUGGUGAUGGACUGAAACUCGUCAAGGCUGCGGUUGAUUACUCACCAGAGCACUUCUUUGCUACUGGACGCAGAUUGGAGGUGGCGUGCAUGGAUGAGAACAAAGCAAAGAUGACUUUGAAUAUUCCUUUUGAAAAGAAUUAUGUGGCGAGUGACUUUGCUGCUAACUGGGGUUAUUUCACUCAUGCUAUACGAGUGAACAGCAGUGCGGCGAAUCCUGAAAUUGAGGGCAUGCGAGUCGAACUGAACCUUGAUUCGAAGAGGCCGCGGGAACGCCUUAUCACAUACAAUUCGGUGAGAUAUACGUGUGGUGCGGUAUACGUUGCUGAUGGGAGUGAUGGAGGCGGCGGCGGUUUUUCGAUGAAGGCCGACUGUGCGCAAAUCGGCGUGUGGGAACGCGGCGAAGUGGAGUUCAAGCUUAGAAAUGUUCGGGAGGGACGGCGUAUUGCCUAUGAGCUCGGCGGUUACCGAGGG